AUGAAAUUUUUAUGUUUUAUUAGUUUCGGCCUUUUACUUUUUGCAUCAAUUUCUUUGUCAAACACAAAUCUUCAAACGAUAAAAUAUUUAGAUACUGUAAAAUAUUGGUGUGGAAAGCCUUAUAUUCCAAAAAAUCAGUUAAUCAAAAAUGCUAAACAAUUGAAAAUUAGCAUUAAUCAGUGUAGUGAAGAAGAAAGGUUUGACUCAACAAACCAAAAUGAAUCAAAUUAUACUGGCAUUUUUCCAUCAGAAACGCCUUCAACGAUUAAAUUUCCACCAACAAACGAUCCAGUCCCUCUGGUUCCAGAUCUGAGUGACGGAUAUACAGCCAUGUUUCGAUAUCAGCCUUAUCUAAGUACUGAUUUGGUCGGUUCAUUAAUAGUUACUAUAACAAAUGCUAUCUCGACUAUUUCUGUCAAAGCAUUGUUGCAUGAUGGAUCUGAAAUACUUGAAAAAACUAAAAUAAAAAAUGAUGGAGACUCAAUUGAAUUGCCUUUUUCGCUCGCAAAAAUUAAACCAAAAUUGAAAGCAUAUGAAGUCAAGAUUUUAUUCUAUAACGAAGAUCUGCUAGUUCAUAUUACAUAUACAAAGCUCUAUCUUCUUCCCGUAGGACAAAAAACUGUCAAGAUUGAUCGGUUAUAUGGUGGAAUUUUGACCUCAACAAAUGAAACAAUUUUUCCUGUUGGGCCGUAUGUUGAUAUUGGUGGAUGGUUAGAGAAGGGAAACAUUCAAAUUAAUCUCCAGAUUCUCAAAGACCAGAAUUUCAAUAUAAUUAACCCUGAUCCACCAUAUCCAAAUAUUUCAUUCAUUCAUCAGAUGUUUCAAGCAGCUGAUGCUAUAGGCGGAAUAUAUAUUCAAUAUUCAUUUCGGCAUGAUUAUGUUGAUAUUCAAAAAGUUAUAAAUCAAGUAAACCAGUUUAAGAAUUAUUCAAGUUUACUUACAUGGUAUAUAGCAGAUGAACCAGAUGGUGAAAAAUGGACAACUAGUUCUGCUGUUUUUGAGGCAUAUGAAGCAAUAAAAAGUGUAGACCCAUACCAUCCUGUCUCUUUGACGCUAAAUUGUAAAUAUAGUUCUGCUUUUUAUGCAGAUGCUACUGAUAUAUUGGGCACCGACGUUUAUCCAGUUGGUGUCGACAUGUCACAUUGCACGGAAUACAGUGAUGUGUGUGGUUGCGAUGAUUGUAUAGGAAGCGUUUCACUUGAUAUACCAAAACGAACACAACAAUAUGUAAGAGACUUGACUCUCAUAGGUCGAGAAUCGAAUUUAAAAUGGAUGGUACUUCAAGCUUUUUAUGAUCGAAAUUCUUGGUGGGAAAGGGCACCAACUUCUCAAGAAAUCAGAGUUAUGUGGUAUAUUUCAAUCAUCUACGGAUAUAAGAGUCUCAUGUUUUGGAGAUUUCCUUUUUUUCUUGAUCACUCAGUCAUUGAUCAAAUCAUUGAUCUAAGUAAAGAGAUUAAAGACCUUUCAAAUUAUAUACUAUUUAUGCCACAGCUUUCAAUUUCUCAUAUAAUAGUUUCACCCGCUAACGACGUUUAUGUUGGUGUGUGGAUGGCAAAAAAUAAACCCGAGUUUUUGUUGAUUGUAGUUAAUGGUAAUGAUAAACUUUCCGUAACUUUUAGAAUAACCAUCAAAGAUUUGUAUUGUUUUGGCUCAUUACACGGGAUCGGAAGAAUAGAUGAUGAAAAAAAUGUUGAAGUUAUCAUUAAGGAUGGUGUGUUUGAAGGCAAUUUAAAUAAAUAUGGCGUUGGGACCUUUAUUUUUAAAAAGGAUUUGGCCAAUAGAGCCCAUAUAAAUUGUCAUGAAUAG